AGCUAGCGAGGGGCUGCCUGCUGCUCGCUAUAUAUGCUAGGUGUGGCUGCUAGAUAGGUGUGUGCGUCUUCAAUUAUAUUUUCCUGCUGUUGGAUCUCCAUACCAUAUAUCGUCCACGGCUGGCUCUGCUGCCUCGAGCUCGAGCAUGAAGAGCUUGUUGCAGUUCCCGGAGCGGGAGAGGCGGCAGCAGCAGCAGCAGCGCGACGAGGAGGAGGGGGCGGCGCUGGUGCUGGUGCCUCAGCCGCCUCCGGACGACGACGACCAUGGAGGAGGAGGAUCAGCUGCUGACCAUGAGGAAGACGAUCCGGCGGCAGCCAAGCAGCAGCAGCAGAAGGAUGGCGACGACGAUCAGGCGGCGAUGAUCAUAGCCGCCGCAGCAGCUGCAGGUCCUACCAAGUCGAAGUGGUGGAGGCGGCGGCCGCAGACAAAGCUGAUGCCGCCGAUGACGAGAGGCGUGGGGGUGGUGGUGGCGGGUCUCGUCGUGCUGGCCUUGGUCGUCGGCAGCACCAGCAGCUGGUGGUGGAUCCACCUCGACUAUGCAUCGUCGUUCCUGGUCGGCGGCGGCAUGAGGCAGCAGCAGCACCAACGGCGGCCUCCUCACCACGUCCCGUCGCCCGCGGCGGACCUGGUGCCCAUACCCUUCAGCUGCGGCGGGGGCAACGCCAACAGCAGCAGCACCUCGCCGUCGACGUCAUCACCACCACCACAGGCGGCGGCGGCGGCGGCGGCGGCGCACCACCACCACCAACAGAGGCGGUGCCCGGAGUACUUCCGGUUCAUCCACUCGGACCUGUCGCCGUGGCGCGCGACGGGGAUCACGCGCGAGGCCGUGGAGCGCGGGCGCGGGCGCGCGGCGUUCCGGCUGGUGGUCGUCGGCGGCCGCGCCUUCGUGGAGACGUACCACCGCGUGUUCCAGACGCGCGACACGUUCACGCAGUGGGGCAUCGCGCAGCUGCUGGCGCGCUACCCCGGGCGCGUCCCCGACCUGGACCUCAUGUUCAACUGCGAGGACAUGCCCGAGCUCCGCGCCGCCGACUUCCAAUCCGAGGCGCCGCUGCCGCUGUUCCGCUACUGCAAGGACGACGCCACGCUGGACAUCGUCUUCCCCGACUGGUCCUUCUGGGGCUGGCCCGAGGUCAACAUCCGGCCCUGGGCGCCGCUGCUGGAGGAGAUGGCGGCGCAGAUGACGCGCCUGCCCUGGCCCGACCGGGAGCCCUACGCCUACUGGAGGGGCAACCCCGGCGUGUCCGCCGACCGCGCCGACCUCCUCCGCUGCAACAGCACGACGGAGUGGAAGGCGCGCGUGUUCGCGCAGGACUGGGGCGCCGCCGCCCGCGCCGGCUUCCGGGGGUCCAACCUGGCGGAGCAGUGCCGGCACCGGUACAAGGUGUUCGUGCGGGGGCGGUCGUGGUCGGUGAGCGACAAGUACAUCCUGGCCUGCGACUCGCCGGUGCUGCGGGUGGACACGCCCUUCCGGGACUUCUUCUCCCGGGGGCUCGUCGCCGGCGAGCACUACUGGCCCGUCGACCCCGCGCGCAAGUGCCCCGCCAUCCGCUUCGCCGUGGACUGGGGCAACGCGCACCCGGCGCAGGCGCGGCGGAUGGCCGCCGCAGGCAGCGCCUUCGCCCGGGAGGACCUCGCCAUGGACUACGUCUACGACUACAUGCUGCACCUGCUCACCCAGUACGCGCGGCUGCUGCGCUACACGCCCACCGUGCCGGAGGGGGCGGUGGAGCUGCGCGCCGAGGCCCUCGCGUGCCCCGCGACCGGCCGCGAGAGGGACUUGAUGAUGGAGUCCAGGGAGAGGUACGUCGCCGGCUACGAGCCCUGCGCCCUUCCGCCGCCCUUCACCGCCGCCGAGCUCAGGGACAGGAAGCGGAGGGAUCAGGAGGUGCGCGACAGGGUGAAAAGGAUGACCGACGACUACGAGCGCCGUGUCCACCACCCAUAAAUUAUAUACCAUCUUAUAUGUAUACUGAUGAUGAGUAGAAUUCGACUGAGUAAUAUUUGGCAGCUGCAGCUGAUGAUGCUGAUGGAUGAGCAAAUCUAUGCAUUAUACAUAUAUAUUUAUUUAUACAUAUAAUAAAUACCAUUAUUCCACUCA